CAAAAUGUAAACAAUUUUCCAUUUAUGGUAGCAACAGAUUUUCCAUGCUAAAAUUCGUAUUUUGAGUCAUAAAUAUAUGAAAUUAAAAGGCCAGUGUAGCAGCAAAUAACCAUGAGCACCUCAGUAGACUUCACUGAUUGGGUGCCCCCCGUGGAUCAUCUGCUUGCCAAUGGCAUCCCCAGCAUUGCAGCCCUAGACACCUAUAUUGCUGACCUUGAUCUUGACCUGGAGGAAAAUGCUAAAGAACUGGAUACAUGUUUGCAUGACAUGUUGAAGCUGACCAACACAAUUGUCGGGAAGGAGUACAUUACUCCUCGAGACGCCCUGCUGAGCAUGCUGAGUACCCAUGCCCUGGAGAAAGAAUCGUGUUACGACCCUGACAGUGAUGCAGUAACAGAAAUACUAUCACAUGCUUGGCACCAGCUGGACCAGGUUCCUGGCAGUGAAGAGGCCGUGUUUCAGGAUCUGCUCACACUGGCAUCCCAGCAGGGCCUCACCUUGCCCCUCAAGUCAGCUGUCGUUGACCCAAUCGCCUCCACCAUGUCUCUUAAUGCUGUGUCCGACAACAGUGAGAUACAAAUUGCACAGCAGUGGGACCAGAUCUCUCUUAGACUUAGGCGUUACUUUCUUGAGCGUCUGUCCCACCUGCCUGUGGCACCGUACGAGCCUUUACUCAAUGUGUGCGAGAAGCGACGUCUCAUGUAUGUACAGUCUCUUAUCUCACUCCAGCCCGUGGACGAGGUCUGGGAAAGGUAUCAGACGAUGCGGCACCAGCAACUAGAGCUAUGCUUGAGUCUAUUAAUGCCAGAGACGGAAACAGAUGUCAACAUUGUGAAAAUCUCUGAGAACUGUGCUGAGAUUGCACAGAUCAUCAUACAAAUGAUGAAUGAGGAUUUUAGUGUUCUCAGCUCUGGUGUGAUGAAAAAAGCACCCAAAAUAUUCCACGCCUUUCAUAAAACCUACCUGGAGAAAUACUCAGAUGAGAUGUCCGCCUUAGUUGAUGAGGUAAUGGAUGAAAUUCAUGACACUUUAAAAAGGGUGAAGUCGAGCAAUGCAAUCAGUGGUCAUAACUCCCUCCGGAGAUCAAAAGUCAAAGGGGGCGGGGCAGCCAUGCAUGCCUCCCACAGUGUAGACAGUGUUGCCAGUAUAGAGAACCAACCAAUGGGAAGCCAGCCCACCCUGAUCCCGCCUCAGUUCAUCCGUAUCAUGUUGAAUGUUGUAACAACCCUGCAGCAGAUCGAAGACCACUUGGAUGGCCUCCAGAAAGCUGCCAUCUGGGAUGUGGGCGGCAUAUCUAUAAAGAAAUCUCACAGGAAAGGGAGUCUCAAAGGAGUGCUAAAGCCAAGUUCCAGUCCUGAUAUAAACAAGCGGCCAGCGAGUGCCAGCCUGAGUAUUGACUCAGACUUCUCAGAUAUGACGGCCUCCUGCAUUUCAACAUCAUCUGUGCAGUUUGAUACCCAGCCUACACCUAAAGUGCAAGUAGUUGAGAAGAUGAAGCCGGAGGAGAAGGUUCGUUGGAGCUGGAAGAUGAUCUUCAAGCGUGUGGCCCCAGACCUGGCGACGUCCAUAGAGCAUGAGAUUCACACAUGCCUCAAGGCGAGUCUGGAUGUGGAGGUCCAGCAAUGGACAUCGUCACACACUCUUGAGACUGUGCCCGUACUUGACAGCCUGGUGGGCGGCAGACUUGACUACCCUCGAGUCAUCUCAAAGGGUACCUCAGUGUUUAUGAAGGAAGUAGAGACCUACCUGGGAGUAGCUAAGGCUGGGGCCGAGGGCUAUCUCCACCCUGUCAGGACAGCCUUCAUUGACAUCACCAACACCUGUCUCAAAAACUUCCACUCCCACCUACUGAAGAUAAGUGAGGAGAUACCCCUCCAGUCGCCCAUCCAGAACCUGUACACACUGCUAUCCAGCGCUGCCUACAUCAGGAACCAAUUGCUCCACUUUGAUAUCGUUCUCGCACCAGAUGACAGUAAGAAGCCAUUCAGCCUGCAGUACAAGCAGUUUGUGGAGCUUGUGGAGAGCCUCACUUCAACAGUGGUCCAGCGUCAUGGCAACUACAUUGCCACCUCCGUCCUCCACGAUACAGAUAGCCAUAACUGGACAGAAAACAAGGAGUUCUUUGAGGCGGAGCGUUGUUCAUUUCCUGUGCAGAUGUGGCACUACUACUUGACAGGCAUGCAGUAUGACAUGUGGAGCCUGUUACCCCCGAAACUGGCCCAGUCCACCUUCGCGGUCAUCCUGCAUGAUUCACUGCAGAUUCUCACACAUAGAUACACACACGCCUCCCCAUCAUUCCGUAGGGUCGGGCAGUUCAGGUGUGACAUUAUGACGAUCCUGCUUUGUGUCAGCGAGCAGCUGUUCUGGGUGAGUGGGUCAUUGUCACGGGUGCUAGACGCAGGCCAUACCCAGGCGCCACACUAUGCCAUACACAACCUGUGUACAACACUCCUGUCAGCCAUGGUGGUUAUUGCCGCACCGCUACCCGUUAUGUACAAGGUGAACAAGAAGGGAUUCCGUUACCGACAGCGACGAAAGAGCCUCACCCAGGGAGACCGAGGCAACAAUACUAACUGGCUUGCCUGGAUACGGCCAACCAUCCUGGACAAGACUUCCAAGAGUUUGAAUGAUUUGCGCACCACCGUUGCCCUGUACCUGCACACUAAGCUGUUACUACGGCAACCAGAACUCAACUUCCCACUCACACUUCAGGCCUACUUUAUGAAGGACUACACCUUGUCCAUCCUGUUUCUGGCCCAGGCAGUUACAUCUAGUCAAUCUGAAACACCGACAGACAAUGCAACAGACCUGCGUACAGGGCCAGACCGGGAAUUCAUCUUGUCGCUGUUCCGUGUUCUUACUUUCGCCCCUGGCUUCACUGACGGGCUCUCCAAGGUCAUACUCCCUCUCAUCGACAGGACAAAUGCCUGGGAUCACCUGGACACCAGACAUGUGCCGGGGAGAGACAUCCCUCUGCCUGUUUGGAUGGAGUGUGUUCUAGAGUGCAUGAGGCCAUUUGUUCUCAGAGUGUUGAAAUCAAUGAUCGACUACGUAUUGACUGAAGCCGAGGCAAAGAAGAUAACACCCAUCUCCUCUGUUAUUGAAGAGCUCCCUUGUGGCUGCCGAUCUCAUGCCACAGCCACUCCCAGAUACAAGAGAGCAGAAGUGGUCCGUGACACGGUGGACCAUAUCUUGAAGCUUGUUCUAGGCCAGAUGGUGGAGGACAUGUUUGUGUUGCCCACAAGUGUUAUAACGCUUCUCAAGGCCCUGGAACAACAAUGUGCCAGCCGGGGCCUCAAGACACCCCACCACUGUGUCGGCACUAAGUUUGUUGCUCUGUCCCUACGUGAGUACCUGUUGAACACAACCCUGUUGUCAGAUGACCUUGGGUUGACCUUGACCCCAGCACUCAAGGAGGAGUUCAAACUACUGGCUGACUGUGUGUACCAUGUCCUUGUGUCUGGGAAAGUGAAGAGCAGUUCGACCCCGCGUCUUGCUGGUCGGUUCUGUAAAGACAACAAAGAGUGGAUCAAUGACAAGGUUCAGAUCCUCAUUAACUACCUGGGCAGCGAAUUAUUUGAUGGUGGGAGCAACCCAGUGUUACAGGGGUCAACAGGGGAAUUCCAGGAGCAAUUUUACCAGGGCUUGGCCAUGGACCUCCUUUCUACAAAACAUGGUGAUGAGGACAUGCAGCGCCUAUACUGGCUGCUUCACCACAACCAGGACUGGCUCCAUCGCCAGCUCGACAUCCGACACGGUCUGCUCCUGGCUCGCCCGUUCUCUGACACAGAGGGGUUCCAGCUGGACAUGACCCCUGCAGCUCCAGCAGACUAUAACCCCAUAGUGGAGCAUCAGAAGAUUGGCUCAUACAAGUUUGACCAUGCAAUGAUUGAAGACCUAACAGUGGACUGGGAGAAACUCCUGCAGGCGGACCUGGGCCUCAGUGAGGUUGGGUUCCGCUCUCUGCUGUACAACCGACACGAGAUGCAGGACGGAGCAUACCUUGAGGACUCCGAGAAGAAACCUGUCACUGCUCUCCGCGCCAUGUUUGAGAAUGACCCCAGGGAAUUGAGAUAACCCUUAACCUUCAACAAAAUAAUGUACAUAAUAUAGGCUAUACAUUGUCAAUGAGGCAGUAGGGCAGAAGCUGUUUUUGUGAUAUCUUACCUUUGUAGCAAAGGAUCAGCAGCAAAGGUCAAAGUUCAAUGAACGUUUUUCACAUGUAUCAUGAAUUAUAUGCGCAGUGUACAAUAAACUUUGAAUUUUUUCCCACCAAUUAUUUAAGACUAGAUUAACUGGUGUGUAAUUUUGAAAACAAUCUUUUUAGAUGUUACUAAAUAGUUUUCACACAAAUUAUAGUAUCUUACUGAACAUUAUUAUUAUGCAGUGUAUGUUGAGCAAUUGUUAUUUUCAAUAUGGUUGUUUAUUAUCACUUAGAUUGAGUAAUUUUUCAUUUGCAUAUUCAUAUACUGGAUUGUAACCACUUUUUGGCCCCUACAAAUUAUUCCCUCACCCUGUAAAAUCUUUGUUUAACAAUUCCAUUAUGAUCGUUUUUCAUCCAUAAGAUAUUUUGUGUGCAAAUGAAGCUUCAAAAUAGGGAAAAUAAUCUCUUUCUCUGAAAAUGAGUAAUUUAUUAGCAAAAUUGAAUUUGCACCAGGUUGCACCGUCUUCCAGCGGGGGAUUACUCAUUUCCUACCGCUCAACAAAAUGGAAAUAUUUCACCCAAAACUUGUUAAACAGAGAAAUAUGUUUCAUAUUAUAAAAAAUUGGAAGAAAUAUCCUAUUAAGUUCUCGAUCAGGAACAUUUGAUUUUCAUUUGUUUAAAUAUUAGUGUAACUUUUCUAGGGUGGGAGAAUUAUGGGUAAAGUACACUGUCAUUUCAGUGGUUUUUACUGAGGCCUAUUGUUCUCCCUAUUAAAUUUCAUUCAAAAUAUUCGAGUAUUAUUCAAAUUUUUAAAGCCAUUCAUUAUUCCGCCAUUUCUGGGUGAAAAAGGGGUCCUUACCAGUAUGGUUAAUAUUUCCCCCCAAAAAAGUGAUUAGAAAAGAGAUCUCAGAUUAGAAUGCUUGUAGCCAGAAAUUUUUGGUCAGGUAUUUAAACAAGUCAAGAACGCUGUACCGCCUUGAUCUAAUAAUGUUACAAUAGCUGUUACACAUACAGAUGGUAUGUACCUAACCAAGUAUGGCAUUUAAAUUGUUUAUCUUUGAGAUUGUUCAGCUCAAUAUCUGUUUGAAUAUACAUAGGUAUAUUAUAAAAUCAUAUUAAUGUUACCAAUAUCAAAUAUAUCAGAAUUUCUUGUUCAAACACAAAAUCUUAUAUACACAUAUAAUAAGUGUUUAAGUUGACAAAUUAUGGUGACUUGUUUCUUGUUGACAUGUGUAUGUAAGUCAAAUAUAAGGUUUGACAACAAACACUUUAUGGCAUUAGUUAGUAUACUAAGCUUGUGAUGUGCCAUUCAUCUAGAUGUUUGGUGUACAUAUUGAUAUUAAUUGUACAAAUAUCUUUGUUCUUUCAAGUGAACAAUAUUUACAUUUGCAUAAUUCAUUUAAGCCAUUGUCAAAUGUUCUACGCAGAUUUUUGAAUAUCAUCUUUUAUUUUUUAUAAAGAUAAUUAAAUAAAAGUAUCAAUUGAAGAACUUCCACACUUUGCAACUGUUAAUUAAGAUUUGUUUUAUUAUUUCAGCUACAAAGCAAAUUUUUACACUGAACUAAAAUAUCCAUCUGAGUAAAAUUACAAUUUAUUUAAUUUUAUGUAUCUAUACAGACCUUAAUUUAGUUUUCUUGAAUUUUGCUUUCAAAACUCAAAUAUGACAAUCUUGUAUAAAGACGUUCUCCAAUUGAAACUUUGUAUGUCAGUCAUUUAGCAGGAGUUAAAAUUCUUAAUUACAUAUUCUAUUUUUUUCAUAGGUUUUGGUAUGCAAAAUAUUUGAUGUUAUUUCAAGUGAAACUGAUAUUCUAUGUUACAUUUAGAAACUGAAUGUUACUAUACCACAGUCGCCUGACAUGAUUAUUAUAAUAUGUCUGUCGUGUUUCCCUUGUCUGUGAUAUAGAACUGGGUUGUGAUCAAUCCAGUUUUCCAUAAGUGCAAUACACAACUGUCUCAAGUGUUUGUUUUUUAAGUUAUCCAGGAUGUCAUGUUUUCCCAUCAUCAAGUUGUGGUACUCUUGUUUCACUUAUUAUUUAUGUUCUGUAGUGUUUAUCUCCCUUUGACACAAACCUAUCCUUGUUACUGUGCUAUUAUAUUGAAUAUCCAAUAAAUAUUACUAAGUUA